CUUUGUUUUACUUGGUUGCAUAUUUCUUAAGAAUAAAUUCUUCUUUUGCAGGAAGAAUCCUCCAAGAGAGGCACCCCACUCUUUUUUGGACACCUUGUGCAGCACAUGUCCUUGACCUUCUUUUGGAGGACAUAGGAAAACUUGAGUGGGUGACUCCAGUUGUGGAAGAUGCAAGGAGGAUCACCAAAUAUAUCUACAAUCACCCUUGGGUCCUAAAUUUGAUGAGACAACACACGCAAAGGAAAGAUUUGGUGAGAGCUGGUGUCACAAGGUUUGCAAUGAUUUUCUUGAUGUUGCAAAGCAUUCUUGCUGCAUUGACUUCUUUGAAACAAAUGUUUGUGAGUGGAGAAUGGCUUAACUCACCUUAUUCAAAGAAGCCUGAAGGAGAGGCUAUCGCAUGCAUAGUCUUCGACAACCAAUUUGCACAAAGGGCUGCAGAGAUUGUGAAGGUGUCAGAGCCCUUGGUUCGAGUUCUUCGCUUGGUGGAUGGGGAUAAAACCCCAAUGGGAUAUCUUUAUGAGGCCAUGGAUAGGGCCAAAGAGUCUAUCAAAAAUUACUACAAGGGAGAUAGGCUCAAAUUUGAUCCCAUUUGGGAAAUUGUUGAUAGGAGGUGGAACAAUCAGCUCCACCAACCCAUUCAUGCAGCAGGGUACUUCCUCAACCCUCAUUUUAGGUUCGGGGGUUCUUACUCAGAUUCGAAUGGAGAAGUCAUGGAGGGCCUCAGUACAUGCAUUGAGAGGAUGGUACCUGAUGUUGAGGAGAGAGACCUCAUUGUGAGUGAGCUCCAAAAUUAUGAGGGAGGAAGGGGUAAGCUAUUCUCUUCAGAGCUGGCUAGGAGAGGAAGAACCACUCAAACCCCAGAUGCUUGGUGGCAAAAUUGGGGUGGAAACACCCCACAUCUCAAAAAAUUUGCCCUCAGAGUCUUAUGUCAACCUUGCAAUUCAUCCAAUUAUUUUUCUAGACCUUUUGAGCUUGAAUGCAAUGCCUCAGGAGAGGGCAUAGGAGCAAUCUUAAUGCAAGAUAAGCACCCUAUUGCUUUUGAGAGCCAAAAAUUAUGGGGUGGCAAGAGAGGUUACAGUAUUUAUGAGAAGGUAAUGUUGGCCAUAAUGCAUGCUUUAGCUAAGUAUCGUCAAUAUUUGGUAGGAAGCAAAUUUGUGGUCAAAACCGAUCAUAACAGCCUUAAACAUUUCAUAAAUCAGCGUGACCUCAAUGAUGGACAGCAAAAAUGGGUAAGCAAAUUACAAUCUUACAAUUUUGACAUAGUUUAUGUCAAGGGAAAGAAAAAUAUUGUAGCCGAUGCACUAUCAAGGAGACUUCACUUGUGUUUCUUAGGUGAGAUAGCAGCUGAUUGGAAAGAGUGGAUUUCAGUUGAAUAUGCAAAAGACAAAUGGGCUUCAGACAUUAUAGAUGGUACCAUUGGGGAUGACAGGUAUAUAGUUGUAAAUGAUCUCAUCAUUUACAAAGAGAAGAUAGUAUUGAUACCAGGAUCAAGAAUGAAGAAGAAAGUUUUGAAAGCCUUUCAUGACAUUCCCUUAGCAGGCCACCCGGCUACUUCAAGACUUACAAACAAAUUCAGGAACGGUUUACUUGGAAAGGGCUCAAAGCUGAAUUCUUAA